UCUCCCUUGAUAAAAAACAGGAUUACCAACCAAUUUUCCGUUUGUAGCACAUUGCUUGCUACUGGUAUUCAGUUGUUGUUUGCUUGUCCUGAAAAUCACGUGGAAAUGUGUAAUACUUCCACAGUUCCCGCCCUUUUGUUCUUCAGCAAGUAUAGUUCAUCAGAGAGUCAGGAUGGCAAUUUUACUUGCUUUCUGGGCCGCGUGUUUCCUUUCUAUAACAAGCCAUGGAAGGGUGGCUGCUGCCGAAAACCAACACAUCUUACUUUCUAAGAACAGCAGCCAUGUUCCCAUCCCAUGUGUUGGUCUCCCACCGGCCGAGAGACCGAGUCUUCUGUACUGGUUUAUCGGUGAGACGUGGGAGGUAGCAAAGGAAUCGCUGGUACUACGCUACUCAGCUCCGAGCGCCGGCCAGAACUUUACAGAGAGUGACCGCUACUCGGUCUCACAUGGCUUUGGCCUGGUCAUUGGACAACUCGACACGACCGACAGUGGACGAUACUGGUGCCGAGUUAUCCGGUCAGGUGCGGAGAGCAUUGAAUCAGUUGACGUCACAGUUGUUGUUAAAGAUUUGCGUUCCGGUCCAGUGAUAUGGUGGAACCCUUCAACAAAAGCUUCAGUUUCCGAAGUCGAUAUAAAGAAACAACAGAUACUAAACUGUUCGGUCGAUGACGUUUACCCGAACCCUGAUUUAACAUGGUCUUUCAUUGGUUGCUGUUGUAGUAAUCAGUCAAUGGAAUUAUUCACGUCCAAUCAGCGGUCGACCUACGACGUAUUCUCCAAAACUUAUCGAGUGACGAAAAGGGCGCAUUUUGGCGCCUUGGAUCUGAAGUUGGACGAUAAAUGUGAGUUCAAGUGCGUUGCUAAGGGAGUAGCAAUCCACAACGGGUCGUCCGCUACCGCUGUUGAAAUCUUUGCCACAGCUCAGCAGCCAGAAUCCAAGUCGACCAGUACAACCACAAUUUUCAUCAUUCUAGCGGUCAUCUUGUUGGUAUGCUUUAUAGCAUUAGCAUACUUCGUGUGCAGAGUGUUUCUACCUCAACGACGCAUCGUCAAGUACAAAGGACAUGAACUACUGAGAAACCAACCCACAGGUACACCGGACGAGAAGACGGGACUCUUCAUGGAAAUUAACCCAAAAGAAAUGGAAGAUAUCACAGCUGAGGGAAAUACUCAAUGGUCUUCAAGACGUAGCCUCGAAGACUACAGCGGUUUAUUCCAAGGAUCCGAACAAACAGGAGACAUUGUGGGGGUGGUUGGUAGUGAUAGUCAGGGCCUUUUACUUGCAACAUCGAAAGCAGUCGUCCGCUACCCAAACAAACAGGAAGCUAGACCAGAAAUCUUCACGAAAGACAAGUUUUCAGGAAAUGUGACGAACAUAGUCUUACACCCUCAAAGCGAAACUUUAAUAGUGGUUUUAAAAACAACUGACAAAAAAGUCAAAACAAGUUUGCUAUAUGUUGACAUGAACUCUGGCAAUUACGGAGAGCCGGUCGAGUUGACUAAGUUCACCUCCCCAAAGGUCACCGUUGAUGGCGCUGGUGCUAUCUUUGUGGGCGAACUCGAUGGUAAAAGAUUGCUGAUGUAUGAAAUACACAACAAAACCCGCGCAGAGUACACAUUAGAUAUCGAUAAAGAGCUGCAAAAUAUCGCGGCAUACGGUUGGAAACAUCUCUUUGUCGUGAACGGAAAAGACACCAUAAAUAAGUACACCUUUAAAAGAACUCCUGGUUGUCUCAACAUGUUGAAAAUCCGAGAUUGCAUAACAAUUUCUCCUGCUCAAGAAACAGGGCUGGGUGAAAUCGUAAUGCACAACCACCAACUCUACGUGGUGAACGGUGUUCAAAUACUCGCAUACGAUGUCGAGGUAUUUGAAAAGCUUCAUACAUUCGAGACUGGCUUCCAAGAUCUGCAAGGUUUAUGCUUCUUCGGGUUGAAUGGUGUGACUUUGUAUAGCGAUAAGCGUGUCCAGGUUUAUGAGAUUGAGAAGAAAAAGGAAGAAAAUGGACAUUCAAGUGCCACGGUGUGAGAUUAAACACAGAUAAUUUGUUGACAAUUUGUUGACUAUUAUCCAAAACAGUACAAGUUCAUGUCACAUUGACAUCCUUUAUGACAAUUAAUACCUUUUGGACACUUCGUAAACCCUGUAAGGUACUUGUAAAUUUGUGAACUUUUUUUUUUCUGUUCCGAAAGUGUAUAAUGGCUUUAAGACAAUUUGUUUAAGGAAAAUUAAAAUAAAUAAACAAUAUUACCUGUUUAUAGUAAGAUAAGCUUACAACUAACUUUACACACUUGACUGAAAAACAAAAGCUCUUUAUGAUUUCAACAUGUAUAAAGCAAUGUAAAGCAUCUACAGAAUUGGUAGGGUAACAAACUAGUAGAAUAAAGAAAGACAAUUCUCUAUUAGAGAACAAACUCUACCUGGCAAGUAGAUACACGCAUGAUGUAAUACCGCAAACCAAAUAUUCAUUGAUUUCCUCAAAUCCUCCGUACCAAACUUCGUUGUUUAGUUUUAGUCUUAAAGGAAGUGGACAGUAUUGGUAAUUACUCAAAAUAAUUAGACUUGGUAAGGAGUAAUGGGAGAUAUUGAUAGU